CCAAACCCAGCAGAGGAGGCGAAAAUGGGCCGGAAAAAAAUCCAGAUCAGCCGGAUUUUGGAUCAGCGGAACCGGCAGGUGACCUUCACCAAGCGGAAAUUCGGGCUGAUGAAGAAGGCGUACGAGCUGAGCGUGCUGUGCGACUGCGAGAUCGCCCUGAUCAUCUUCAACAGCACCAACCGCCUGUUCCAGUACGCCAGCACCGACAUGGACAAGGUGCUGCUCAAGUACACCGAGUACAGCGAGCCCCACGAGAGCCGCACCAACUCCGACAUCCUCGAGACGCUGAAACGCAAAGGGUUGGGGCUGGAGAGCCACGAGCUGGAGCUGGAGGAGGGGCCGGAGCCGCCCGGGGAUAAAGGGAGAAGGAGCGGGGAGGGCGUGGAUCUGUCGCUGGCGAGGCCGAGGUUUUAUGUCCCUGUCCCUGAGCCCUGUGUGUCGCCCCUGCCCGAGGCCGCCUAUGGCAGCUCCCCCCCGGCCCCCGACGCCUCCCUGGGCAGCGCCAGCAGCUCCCCGCAGCCCCAGGGCCGCUCUCCCGCCUUCAGACCCGCGGCUCCAAAGCCACCAGGACGGUCCCCAGGGCCACUGCCCCCAGGCCUCAGCUACCCCCUGUUCCCUGCCGCCAGCCUGAGCCGCGCCCUGGCCACCAAGACGCCGCCACCGCUGUUCCUGGGAGCCGAGGGCCGGCGUGGCGAGUCCCAGGGCGGCGUGGCGAGCGGCCGGAGCGGCGGCAAUGGGGAUCAGACAGAGCUGGGGGUCCCCCACACCCUCCAGCUGAGCCGGGCCCCUUCCCUCGUCUGGGGAGGGGGAUUAGAGCCCCGAGAUUAA